CCUUGAUCCCCAUUGCAUUUUACCUCUGUGAAAAAGUAACCAGUUCCAUUUCCAACCUACUCCUAACAACAAUCGAAGUUCUUUGUGUCCGGCUCCUAUGUAGACUGCUUUUCCUCUCCAAGCACCUUCAGUAUGCAUGAGGAAGAAAUAUAUACCUCUCUUCAGUGGGACAUUCCUACUUCAGAGACCUCUCAGAAGUGUCCAUUGCCUAGCAAAUGUUCAGGAACAUGGUGCAUUGUGACGAUGAUUUCCAGUAUGGUCUGUGUGGGCCUGUUAGCAACAUCCAUUUUCUUGGGCAUCAAGUUCUUCCAGGUGUCCUCUCUUGUCAUGGAGCAGCAGGAAAGACUCAUCCAACAGGACACAGCAUUGCUGAACCUCACAGUGCUGCAGAGGAACCACACACUGCAAUUGAAAAACUGCCAAGCCUUACUACAGAGAUCUCUCCGUUCAGGUAGUGACUGCAGCCCACAGUUGCAGUGUCCACACAACUGGAUUCAGAAUGGAAAAAGUUGUUACUAUGUCUUUCACCGCUGGAGCAUGUGGAACAACAGUAAGAUGAACUGUUUAAAGGAGGGCGAUAGUCUCCUUCAAAUAGACAGCAAAGAAGAAAUGGAGUUUAUCAGCAGCAGUAUACGGAAGCUCAAAGGAGAAAGUGAAUACUGGGUGGGAAUGUUUCAAGAUAGACUCAGUGGAUCUUGGCUCUGGGAAGAUGGUUCCUCUCCUCUCUCUGACUUGUUGCCAACAGAGAGUCAGCUAUCAGCCAGCCAGAUCUGUGGGUACCUCAAAGAUCAUACUCUCCUCUCAGAUGUCUGCACUAACUGGAAACAUUUUAUCUGUGAGAAGAAGGCAUUUGGAUCUUGCAUGUGAAAGAUACAACUCGAAGCUACCUCUGCUACACAAGUGUUUGAAAGGGGCCAAAGAGCAAAUGCAGGAGGAGAUUGAUGUGAGACUUAUGAAGGCAAACUUGCUUUAUAUUUACCCUUGGCAAUAUCCUAUAAUGCUUUGCAGAUUUCAGUUGACCUUGUCCAUUGUGCCAAGGAGAAAUUGAUUUAGAGCUACAAAAGACCUGACUCACUGAGAACAAAGAAGAGAAAAUCAUUUCCCGUCUGUUUGAACGUCCAAAGUGACUACCCAUACCACACAGAAAUCUUGCUGUCCUUGUGGGAGUUUUUUCAGUAAUCCCUGCUUUGUACUUUUAGUAAACAAUUCUAUCUACUAUACUUACAAGUGACAGAAUUUUCUUCAGGUCAGCUUCCAGUAAUUAUAUAUCAUAAGAUUACACACUGAGAAGAGAGAGAUGGAUUUUUAAACUGAAGUAUUACAACCAAUCAUAUACCAGAGACCCUUUGACUCUAGGUUUUACCUAGAACGGCAACUUUCAGUGUUGGUAACAUUCCUCUGAGGCCCAGGGCCAAGGGGGCUGACCUCACAGAUAUAGAGGUUUAUAGUUUCUAACCCUUGGAGCUAGGGGACUAUUGCUCCGGGAUCUGGGUGCUCAGGUUGAAGGCUUAUAGUUUUGCGUUUUAAUCUCUACUGGCUCCAGGUCUUGGCAGCUUUUACAAUCCCUGACCUUUAGCAGUAGCAUCAGACAGCAGUCAGUAGCAGCAAGCAGAUCCACUGGUGUUAUAGCUCUUGGAUGGCUUUAGGGUGAUGGGGCAUUAACUAUACCGUCCUCUGGUCUAGAAUGCAGAAAUCUCCCAUCAGCCCUUGUUAGCUCUCAGCAUUGGCUUUCUGUGAUCCUUGGUCCUAAAGACUGCAGCUCCAUGGCGCGCUUCCAGGUCGCCAAGCCCGUGCUUCUCCUUUCCGGUUUGCCACAGCCGGCUGUCUUUACUCAGCCUUCCUUUUCUGCCUUCUCUCAUUUCUCCAACUUUACCGCGUCUCUCUGUUUCCACUGCCCAUCUUUUCUGCUUCUCUGGAAUUCUUCAGCUGUUCUCUUGUCUCUCGAUUGCCAUGGUGACUGCUGUCACCACCAGAGCUGCUUGCUUGCCUUUGCUACCAUCUUGUGCUUCUGCAUCUUCUUUUUGUAUUAGCCGUUCAGGACACUCUUCUAAUGAUGAAGAGCAAAGGAGGUGAGAACGACUUCAGGAAGCCUUUUAUUGGUUCUAAUGUUGCAGCAUCAGGAGUGUCAGAGAAGGGGGUGUCCUGGCUGACUCUAAACUGAACCAAACAGCUCAUUUAAUCGAUAAGAAGGGGCUAUAGUGAGGGUGUCUGCAUCUUCAUUCACAGCAGCCCUUCAAGGACUGUGUUUGCACCAAUCAUGCACAGACUCUUAUUUACACCGGGCUUUCUGAGGGUCACGGUUGGACGUGCGCCCCCUCUGGCCUGAGUGAGAACAGCUGCAGGACAGGCUGGGCCUUGUGCAGUUUGCCAAGACUUCUGCUUAGAGUGCUGCUCUUUCCAUAGUGACAACUGGAUCCUGUCUACAGCCCUGGGGUGGUUAUAGUCUUCAGCAGGGAGAAGGGCUUCAGAGUAAAGUUCCCAAACUGCUGGGCUGCCGUGAGAGCAGUCUGGCCAGUUAGGAAGGAGGCUGCUAGCUUUAAUCAUUCAUUCACAGACAAUAAAAAGUGUGUUUACAAUAAAUACUUCGUAAAACCCCAGUAUAUUACAAUUCUAAUAGCACUUAACAGUACUUAAUAAAAAUGAACAUUUAACAGUGUUUGACUUUUGCCCCAAAGCUGUAGAGUCAUUGAGUACCUCUGAUCUGUCUCAGAAGCAACCAGGUCCUCUUCUCUCUAUCGUCUUGGACUGCACUUUUCAGACUGCAGAGUUCUGCUGGGAAAGGAACUCUUAGAAUUUUACAUAGGAGAAGGACUAGUGGAGACAUCUGCAUGUCCUGUUUUGUAGGUGGGGCCUUCUAUCCUGUUGCUCACGGAUCAAAUGGUUCAGUCUACGCUGACAAGAUGAACAACCUAGCACUUAGAACUGCCUGUCUCUGUGUCUCAACUUCCCUGCUAUAAAACUGUAAUAUGAUACACUUCAAAAUACUGCUUAAGAAUGUCAUCCAAAUGCUACAUGCAAACAAUAGAAAAUGAUAUUUUACAUAGGAAUGGAUAAAUGAAAAUGUAUGCCAUCUACCAGAAGAAAAAUUUGCAAAUUAUGGUUAUCAUGUUUCCUACUUAUCAUGUGUCAUCUUUAAGUCAUACUACGUAGCACACUUUUAAUAAAUAUUUGAUAAAUUAAA